GCUCGGGGACCAGUUCUACAAGGAAGCCAUUGAGCACUGCCGGAGUUACAACUCGCGGCUGUGCGCGGAGCGCAGCGUGCGCCUCCCGUUUCUGGACUCGCAGACCGGCGUGGCCCAGAACAACUGCUACAUCUGGAUGGAGAAGCGGCACCGCGGCCCAGGUCUGGCUCCAGGCCAGCUGUACACAUACCCUGCCCGCUGUUGGCGCAAGAAGAGACGAUUGCACCCGCCCGAGGAUCCGAAGCUGCAGCUGCUGGAGAUCAAACCUGAAGUGGAACUGCCCCUGAAGAAAGACGGGUUCACCUCAGAGAGCACCACGCUGGAAGCCUUGCUUCGUGGUGAGGGGGUAGAGAAGAAGGUGGACGCCAGAGAGGAGGAGAGCAUCCAGGAGACACAGAGGGUUUUGGAAAAUGAUGAGAAUGUAGAAGAAGUGAAUGAAGAAGAGGAUUUAGAAGAGGAUAUUCCCAAGCGAAAGAACAGGACUAGAGGACGGGCUCGUGGUUCUGCAGGAGGCAGGAGGAGGCACGACGCCGCCUCUCAGGAAGACCAUGACAAACCCUACGUCUGUGACAUCUGCGGCAAGCGCUACAAGAACCGGCCAGGACUCAGUUAUCAUUAUGCUCACACCCACCUAGCCAGCGAGGAGGGGGAUGAAGCCCAAGACCAGGAGACCCGGUCCCCACCUAACCACAGAAACGAGAAUCACAGACCCCAGAAAGGACCAGAUGGGACAGUCAUUCCCAAUAACUACUGUGACUUCUGCUUGGGAGGCUCUAACAUGAACAAGAAGAGUGGGCGGCCUGAAGAGCUGGUGUCCUGUGCAGACUGUGGACGCUCUGCUCAUUUGGGAGGAGAAGGCAGGAAGGAGAAGGAGGCAGCAGCCGCAGCACGCACCACGGAGGACUUAUUCGGUUCCACGUCAGAAAGUGACACCUCAACUUUCCACGGCUUUGAUGAGGACGAUUUGGAAGAGCCUCGCUCCUGUCGAGGACGCCGCAGUGGCCGGGGCUCACCCACAGCAGAUAAAAAGGGCAGUUGCUAAGCCCACGGGACAGAUUGUUUGGCCAAUUAGCCACCCCCUCUGACUCUGGUCAUUGCUCUGUUUCUGAU